AUGUUUCGAGCCUCUGCGCUCUGGCUCCGCGGCCAAUACAAGACGCGCCUCAAGAAGCGCAUGGUCGGCUUCAUCCCCAAAGUAAUUCCGCGCAAAAUUAAGAACAACAUGGUGGCGCUCCGCAGUGAGGCCAACACAGGACACAUGGAGGGAUAUCUAAAAACGGAGGUGGAGCGGCUUGAUGCCACUGGGCGCAAGGUGCAGAAGGUUCUCUGGGACCCCGUGUUGCAGCGGCACUGUCUGUUCAAAGAGACAAAGAUCAAAGGGCCCUUUAUGACCAAGUCGGCGAUAGCGAGGAAGGUUGACUUCCCCAUUGGUGAAGCGGCGACAAAUACCAAGAAGUAG